ACCAAAUUUCCUGACGCCACCUCUUUUCUCCCUAAAUAUAGCUUUUAAUUACUCUAUGAAAACAGUAACUGUACUCACAUCUUUCCCAGGUGAGAAAGCAGGGAUGCUUUUUCAUGACCCGGAGGACAUUUUAAGACGGACAUCAUAUUAAAUUAUCUAAAAAUGAACACAAUAAAUACAUGACACCAUAGACUGUCAGACAACUCAAUGCACCGUUGAGCAAGCUUUAAGAAAUACAAGCUAUUGUGCUUAAAGGAAAUAACAGCUUAUUGUGCAUAAAGGAGGUUAUUUAUAGUAAACGCGAGCACCAUUUCCGGGCUCGUGUCUGCGGCUAUAGUGGAGCGGGACGUCGGUGUGAGGAGCACCGGGAGCGCGGCGGUGUCGGUCACCAUACCCGGGCUGGUGGAGGACGGCAUGGCUGCGGGAAAGGGAGCGGGGAAGCCCGCCUCGCUGUGGGACAACACGCGGAUACGCUUCAUCGUGUGUUUCUUCGGAGUCUUCAUCUGUUAUUUCUACUAUGGAAUCCUUCAAGAAACCAUCACUCGAGGCGAUUACGGUCAGGGAGAGAAGAAGGAGAAGUUCAGGUUCGCCCGGACGCUGGUCUUCAUCCAGUGUAUCAUCAACUCUCUGUUUGCUAAACUCUUGAUCCAGUUUUUCGAAGGCUCUAAGCAGGAUCGCACCCAGAGCUGGCUCUAUGGGCUGUGUUCCCUCUCUUAUCUCGGAGCCAUGGUGUCCAGUAACUCUGCCCUUCAGUAUGUGAACUACCCAACACAGGUGUUGGGGAAAUCCUGCAAGCCCAUACCAGUGAUGAUUCUCGGUGUGACGAUACUGAGGAAGAAGUACCCGAUGGCUAAGUACUUGUGUGUGCUGCUGAUUGUGAGCGGUGUUGCUCUGUUCCUGUAUAAACCCAACAAGAGCUCAGGUGUCGCAGACGACCACGUUUUCGGGUUUGGAGAGAUUCUGUUGCUGGUCUCUUUGACAUUGGACGGUUUGACUGGUGUAGCCCAGGACCACAUGAGGGCUCGUUUCCAGACGGGCGCCAACCACAUGAUGCUGAACAUCAACAUGUGGUCCACUCUGGUGCUGGGACUAGCGGUGUUGUGGACCGGGGAAAUCUGGGAGUUCCUGAGUUUUACUGAACGCCACCCGGGCAUCUAUUACGAUAUUCUUCUGUUUGGACUGACCAGCGCUUUAGGCCAGACCUUCAUCUUUAUGACGGUAGUAUACUUUGGACCUCUGACCUGCUCCAUCGUAACCACCACGAGGAAGUUCUUCACCAUCCUCGGCUCCGUUAUUCUGUUUGGUAACGUCAUGAGCACGAUGCAGUGGUUCGGCACCGUCCUUGUGUUCCUCGGUCUUGGAUUGGAUGCUAAAUUUGGCAAAGGCCCCAAGAAGACGACACACUGAAACACCUGAAGUACAGCCGAGACAGAGAGAGAAAAAGAGAGAAAGCAUCAUUGCAGAUCAAAUGCAAACACUCUAUAGCCAGUAUCUUAUAUUCAUAAGACAUCCUGUGAAGGCAUACGUACUGUACGUGCCUGUGAUUUGUUCAAGUUAGAUCUUUAACUUAACUGUAUUUAAAAAGAGAGUCUUCGUCAUUUUUAAAAAUCCGAGUCUGCUGAUAUGUUGAAAAGAUUUGUUUUUACCUGGGAUCAAAGCCUGAAUGAACUGUCAUGAACCAUUAGCAUAUUCUUUGCUUAUGUGGAGGAAUUUGGACGGGUGGAAAACAUGUAGACAAAUCCUUUUAUUGUUUCUGAAACCAGCUCACUUCGCUUGGAUGGAACGUGAACCAAACAAGGCCUAAGAAAUACAAUUCCAGCAUUUAACUCAUGAACUUACCACCAAGUAAGGCCUGAGUUACACAAUGUUGCUUGACAAUGUCUAAUUUUAUUAUCACACACAGUAUGUAGUUUAUUUCUUGGCAAACGGUUUGCCAAGUAUCAUGUCAUUUAUAAAACAUAAACGGUUAUAUAUGUAGCCUGUUGUGUUAUGUCCCAUCUUACUAUUGAAUUGUUUUUAUUUUUAUUUUCUACAAGUUGGAAAUAACUUGCCAUAAAAAGGGAAAUUGUGAUAUUU